AUGUCAAUCUCUACUCAUCAGCCACUCACUUCUGUUGUCUUCAAACAUACCACGCUCCUUUUCAACUUUACACAAAGCCAGUCCAACUACUCCACCUUCGUUCGCACUCUCACCCGCAACCAUGCGUCAGACAUUCACCACUUUCAGCAUCCUGCUGGCCCUCGGUGGCGUUUCCGCUGCUGUCAUCUCUCAGGACGCAACCUGCGGCCAGGCCUCUGGCAGCACGUGCACGGAUUCGGUGUUUGGCAGUUGCUGCUCCAAGUACGGCUGGUGCGGAAGCUCCGCCGCCCACUGCGGAAGCGGCUGCCAGUCCGGCUUCGGAACCUGCAGCGGUCCCACCCCUCCGGGCGGAUCCGGGUCAGCGACGACGGCACCUGCGGCACCGGCGUGACCUGCAUGGGCUCCGAGUUCGGCAACUGCUGCAGCUCCAGCGGCCGGUGCGGCAGCACCGACGACUACUGCGGGGCGGGCUGCCAGACCCCCUUUGGCCAGUGCGGCGGCGGCGGCGCCUCUGCCUCCGGGUCGCCGUCUGCUUCUGCUUCUGCGUCCGCCCCUGCCUCUAUCGUGGCCACGGACGCGCCGGGAACCGCAACCUCGGCUCCCUCGGCCACGGGCACGGGCACGGGCGUCGUUGUCAUUUGA